CCCUCCUGCCAGCCAUCCAUGGCAGCAUGGCCUCCCCCUGACACUCAUCACUGAUCUGGCCCACCACCACCACCCCUCCCUCCCUCCCUCCCUUCCCUGGCGAGGCGCCGACGGCCAUGCCCCCCGUCGCCGUCCAGCUCCACAGCCUCCUCUUCAAGCUCCUCCUUCGCCGCCGCCUCUCCUCCCUCUCCGCCCCGGCGCCCGCCCCCGCCCCCGCGGCGCUGUUCGGCGUCUCCUCCCGCCCCGCCGACCAGCGCCCCUCGCCGCCCUCCAACCCGUCCUUCUCGCCCGCCUCCCCCGACGGCGUCGCCACCAAGGACCUCCACCCGGACCCACUCUCUUCCCUCCACCUCCGCCUCUUCCUCCCGAACCCCAACCACCACGCCGCCGCCCCUGUUCCGCGCCCCCUCCGCCGCAACUCAUUCCCCCAGCGCGAUCCCGCGCCGGGCCAGGACCAGCUCUCCCGCCGCGCCAGCGCCAGCUUCCACGCCGUCGGCGUCUCGCCCGAGCCCGCGCCCGCGCCCGAGCCCGCGCCCGCGCCCGCGACCCGCGACUACGGCGGGUACCUACCGAGCGCCGGCGCCGCGCGGUCCGCCGUGAGGCGGAAGCUGCCGGUGAUCGUGCAGUUCCACGGGGGCGCAUUCGUGACGGGCGCCGCGGACAGCGCCGCCAACGACGCCUUCUGCCGCCGCGUCGCGCGCCUCUGCGACGCCAUCGUGGUGGCCGUCGGGUACCGCCUCGCGCCCGAGAGCAGGUACCCCGCGGCGUUCGAGGACGGGGUCGCCGUGCUGCGAUGGAUCGCCAAGCAGGCCAACCUUGCCGCGUGCGGGCGGACGAUGAUGGGCAAGGGUACCGGCGCCGACUCGUUCGGCGCCGCAAUGGUCGAACCGUGGCUCGCCGCGCACGCCGAUCCGUCCAGGUGUGUUCUACUUGGCGUCAGUUGUGGAGCAAAUAUUGCUGACUAUGUGGCCCGAAAAGCUGUUGAGGCUGGGAAACUCCUGGACCCUGUGAGAGUUGUUGCACAAGUUCUGAUGUACCCAUUCUUCAUGGGAAGUGCACCCACUCGAUCAGAACUGAAGCUGGCAAACUCCUACUUCUAUGACAAGUCAUCGUGUUUACUAGCCUGGAAACUCUUCUUACCUGAGGGUGAAUUCAGCUUGGAUCACCCAGCUGCAAACCCUCUUGUGCCUGGAAGAGGCCCUCCGUUGAAGCUUAUGCCUCCAACCCUGACAGUCGUUGCAGAGCUUGACUGGAUGAAGGAUCGUGCUAUCGCGUACUCGGAGGAGCUCCGCAAGGUAAAUGUGGAUGCCCCUGUUCUUGAGUACAAGGAUGCAGUCCAUGAGUUUGCCACGCUAGACGUCCUGCUAAAGACACCGCAGGCUCACGCUUGUGCUGAGGAUAUAGCUAUCUGGAUUAAGAAGUACAUAUCACUGCGCGGCCAUGAAUUAUCGUAUUGACCACAGCAUGAUGUUUUCAUCUGGCCUCGCACACAUCAAGUCAUCAAGCUGCUACUACAUGCUCUUCACCAGGCUGUACGGAGGUAACCAUUUGAUGAUCAUGCCUUGAUGGGUGAUAGUUGAUUGGCCAGCUGUAACAUAGCGCGAAGCGGAAGAGAGGGAGAAGCACUCGUUGAAGCAGGCUUCGACAGUGGUGAGGUCUGUGACUCCGUGUCUCUAUUCUGUGGCAAUUCAAGCUAUCCGGGGUAAUCUGAGUAUAAUCUGCAACCAGUCUGAGAUUGUACAUUUCCACGUCAGAUGUCAAUUGAUGCUUUUGUGUGUUCAAUUC